UAUGGACAGAAUGAAGUUUGUGAAAAGAGAAAUUUCAAAAAGACCAGAAUUUAAAAAUAUAACAGACCUUAAUAUGUAUAAGUUUGUGCCACUGUAUCAGUAUGAUUGUUCAUUAGAAGGUAUUGAUUUGUGCAUGAGGCAGACAACAUUUGAGAUUGAUGGACUCUUAUUCUUUAAGAAGGAUAUCAAGUACAGGUCAGAAAGCACGUCGGAUAUACUGUGGAUAAAGCCGUAUAUUUUACCAGACGUCUUUGAAGGCAUAGCAAGUACCAAAAAGACUUAUGGCAGAAAAGCCUGACACAUACACCGAUUUUAAAACAUUCAUUGACGAUGUUGAACAUGGUAGAAUUAAAAGUAAAAAAAUUAA